AUGUGGUCCUCACUGACAGCCUUGCUGGCACUCUCGGCAACCGCUUUCGCGGCCCCAUCCAAAAAGGCAUCACCAACUGCCCGCGUCAAGAACGGUACUAUCGCAGGAGUGCACUCGGCUUCAUACAAUCAGGACUUCUUCCUUGGUGUCCCUUUCGCUCAACCGCCGCUUGGUGACCUUCGCUUCAAACAAGCUCAGUCGCUAAACACAACAUGGAAGGGCAACCGGGACGCAAAGCAAUAUGCGACACACUGUGUUGGCUACGGACUCGACCAAACCUUUUACAAAGCCUCGGAAGACUGCUUGUACCUCAACGUUGUCCGGCCAUCGGGGUACGAGAACAAAAAGCUUCCGGUUGCCUUCUGGAUUCACGGCGGAACGUUUACGAAUGGCGGAAGCGCAGAUCAACGUUACAAUCUCUCUUUCAUUGUCGAACAGUCUGUCAAGAUCGGUAAGCCGAUCAUCGGCGUUUCGAUCAACUACCGUCUCAGUCUUUGGGGUUUCACUAGCUCAAAUGAACUUGCUAACGAAGGUCUGCUGAACAUCGGUCUGAAGGAUCAAAGACUUGCACUGCAUUGGGUGCAAGAAAACAUCAAAGCUUUCGGAGGUGAUCCGAGGAAGGUCACCAUCUUCGGUGAAUCAGCCGGUGCUGCUUCGAUCGGAUUUCAACUCACAGCCUACCGCGGCCGCGACGACCACCUCUUCCGCUCCGCCAUCUUACAAUCCGGCAACCCCAUCUUCUACAGCGCCCAACGCGGCUCCAACGCCUCACAGGCCGCCUUCAACACCGUUGUGUCACAAGUCGGCUGCUCUUCCUCCCCAAACAAAAUCCAAUGCCUCCGCGACACCCCCUUCGCAGCCCUCAACGCGACCAUGAACGGCACGCUCUCCUCCACCGGGGGCUUCACGCCCGUCACAGACGGUGACUUCAUCCAAGACUACGGCUCCGCGCAGCUCUCGCGCGGCGAAUUCGUCAAAGUGCCUAUCAUCGUCGGCACGAACAGCGAUGAAGGCGCCUCGUUCGCUCCCUACGGUAUCAACACGACUGCUCAGUUCCAAGCGGCUCUGGCAGCCAACGGGCUACCUCUGGCACUGCAAAACUUCCUGCUCCAGGCGUACCCUGACGACCUCUCCACCAACGUCAUCGCAGCCCUCGGCGACCAACGACCCGCAGCACGCUUCGGCCAACAGUUCCGCCGCGUGGCUACGUACAUCGGAGACCAGCUGUUCGUCGCGCCACGCCGACAGACGGCGGUGAGUUGGGCACAGCACAACGCUACAGCGUACGCAUACCGCUUCAACGCCGACCAAGCCGGGUUCGCAACCGAGUUGGCAGUCAGUCACUUCAAGGAGAUCGGCUUCGUGUUCAACAAUAUUCAAGGUGUGGGGUUUAGACCGGAUGUCAAGCCGUUUGAAGGGAAGCCGCAGCGCUAUGUUGAUCUUGCCGACUUUAUUAGCAAGACCUGGGUUAGCUUUGUGAGUGAUGGCGAUCCGAACUCUUGGAAGGGGCGGAACGCAAGUGUGGUGCAGUGGCCGAAAUACAGUCUGGAUGAGCCGAAGGAUUUCGUCUUUGAGGUUAAUAAGACGAGCGGGGUGGAGGCUGACACUUGGAGGAAGGAGGGGAUUGACUUUAUUAAUCAGAAUGCGAAGGCGGUGUAUGGGAGGUAG